AUGGGUAGAUUUAAGAAAAAGCUGGACUCCCACUCCAGGAAACGAGCCUGGAUCGAGGGCCUAAAGGCCACAACGCUGCAAGACGUUGUUGACGAACUGACCAAGGCUCGGACAAUAUACGAAAAGAAGAAGGGUGAUUCAAGGAUUAAAAAGUAUAUUGUGUCAUUAUCGCAAAGAGUCGCGUACUAUGGGAAGGUAUUGGACGUGAUGGUACAGCACCAUCCGGAGUACGUCUCCCUGGCAUGGGGCGCUAUGAAGUUGGUGUUCGGUGUGCGUAUCUUCCAGACGUGUAUAUAG